AUACAUUCGCCCACGUCAAGGAUAUAUUCAUAAUUUGGAAUAGCUGUGCAGAAAAAUAAUCACAAAAGAAAAAAAAUAAAAAAGUGUUCACUAUGAAAUAUACAAUUGCUCUGUGCUUGGUGCUAGUUGCUGGCUGCAAUGCCUUCUACGCCACCCAGGAUGUUGACUUCCAGCCAUUCCUGACGCGCCAGCAAAAUGCGAUGCGGUUCUUGAUCUCUGCUCAAGCUGCCAAUACUGAUGCCGAUCUGGUCAGCAUCUGCUUUGGUGAAUACCUCGACAGCCAGCAAAAUGCCAUGGGUAGCUACAACAAAAUAUACACCGGCUGCGUGAACACAGCUCAAUCGGAAAAAAAUGAGUUGACCUCUCAGAGUGCUGCGAUACGCAAGGACUUGCUGUCGCGCAGCGAUAACAUGUGCGGUGUCCUCAGCAGCUGUGAUAAAUAUGUCGAUGGCCUCCAGUUCUUCGAUUGCUACCGCAAUGCUUCCACUGACAGCUACAAAAUAAUGUUCACACUGAACAGCGAUGCGAAUAUUCAAUUCAAUACGAUUUCUGCUAAGUACGAUAUCAUCAAUUUCGAUUUGAAAACAUGCGUGGAUACUGCUCGUCUGGAUUAUGCACGUGAACUUGAGAAAUGUGAUUCAGAUUUCAAUGCUUGCCUUAAUGGUGGUGUUGAGCCAAGUACUACUGAAGCUCCAGUCGUCACUACCGAGGCUCCAGUUGUCACUACCGAGGCUCCAGUCGUCACUACCGAGGCUCCUGUCCCCACUACCGAGGGUCCAGCUGAAACUACCGAGGCUCCAGUCGACACAACCGAGGCUCCAGUUGUCACUACAGAGGCUCCAGUCGUCACUACCGAGGCUCCAGUUGUCACUACCGAGGGUCCAGCUGAAACUACCGAGGCUCCAGUCGACACAACCGAGGCUCCAGUUGUCACUACCGAUACUACCGAACCCCAAAUAAUCACUACAGAAGAGUUGCCAGAAGAGGACAUCCAUAUGCUGUCGUUGACCUUCAGCAAGCUUAUGAAUAAGCUAAAGCGUGCUUUCUUUGAGAAUCAAUUGGUCGGCGAGACCAGUCGACGCCGUCUGCAACUACUCGGUCAACAGAAGCAGCAUGUAGCCGCUCUGACUGCUGUGCUGCUGAUGGGCAUUUGCAUGCGUGGAGCAUGCGACACGACUCCAGGUCUGACUGCAGGCAUACCCAUUCCAUGGCCCGACUCGACGCUCGACGAGUGUCAUACGGAGUACAUGCAGGCGUUUGCCAAUGCCUCGAGCGUCUAUGCCAUCGAGUACGAGCGAUGCGAGCUGACAGCGAAUGAGACACAGAUCGAUCUCACCAUCGAUGUCCAGCUGGAGCGUGAGCAAAUCCGGUUGGGCCACAGCGCAUUGUGCAGCAAUUUCGAGCUGUGCAAUCAACUUGACGACGAUCUCGAGUAUUUGGAGUGCCACAAGGAUCAUGGCAACGAGAAUCUGGACCUGAUGACAUCCAUUAAUUACAAUGCAACAAGCGCCCACACACGCCUGCGCCAGGACUUCGAUGCAGUGCAGCAGACGCUGAUGUUGUGCACACUCGAUGCCCAGGUGGCGUAUAUAGGCAGCAUGCGAUUGGCGAACGAGGAGCUGCAAGAGUGUCGCAGAGAGCACUCGACUUACCAGCUUGGCAAAGCAAUCGAAGUAGUCCAGCACAUUGGUGAUGUUCAGGCAGCUGCCUAUGUAGCCAUCUAUGCGCAAUGCUGCCUGCCGUAUCUGCUGCUGCAUGCCACCCACCUGGCUGAAUACGGUGUCACGCCCACUUUUCGCCUGCUGUUGGCAGUCAGCGUAUGCCUUCGACCAGGACGAACCGUACAGAGUCUCAACAUGAAGCAGUUCUGCAGCGUUCUAGUGCUGGCCAUCUUGGCCAUCUUUGCUCAAGCCAAGCCGAGCACAGUGCAGACGCAGCUGCAAGGCGCCCUGGAUAAAUAUCUGGUGCAGACGAACAGGCUGGACAUGGUCUCGGCGGAUGUGACCGCACAGUGUUUCGCCCUGUAUUUGCCGAUGCUGAACGAGGUGGCCGCCGCAUUCUCCAGUUCGUAUCAGGCCUGCAUUAGCACCUACAACAAUGAGCUGGCCAAUUUGACAGCGCAGGCUGAGAAGGAUCGGGAGAUCUACAAGCAGGACGUGGAUGGCCUGUGCACUGCCUUCAGCAGCUGCAACAACAGCACCAGCAACGACAGCACCACCUUCUUCAACUGCUACGCAAAGGCCGCUCAAACCGAUGUCUCCAUCAUCUAUGAUAUUGCCACCAAUGCGGCCAGCACGGCCAACACUCUGGCCGAGUCCAUCAAAGCCAAUCAGGAUCUGGAAUAUCAGUGCACCAAUACCACCGAGAGCAACUAUGUGCGCGACACGGCCGCCACAUACGAUCUGCUCGACAAUUGCCUGAAGAACGGUGUGCCAACCACAUCGACAGCUGCCCCAGUGCAGAGCACUACGCAAAGUUCUCCUACGACUAGCGAUGACAGUGCUACCGGCUCGACUGUUAGCGAGUCAACAACUACAGUGACAGUCUAAAGUGUAUUUUAUUUCAAUAAAAUAUAGAAAA